AUGUUUAGAUCCAAUGAACUCUCCAGCCCUUCUUCUCAGCUCUCGGAGCAUCAACAGCUUUCACCACUUUACAUGUCCUUUGGAGAAGAUGAAAAUGAGGACACAUUGGAUUUUUGUGAUUCCCCUCUUUUGGAUUUCAAAAGUAAAAACACUCUUUUUGCUGCCACCGAUGAUUCAUCAUCUUCAUCACAUUCUCAAGAGACUCAUAGAUCAAAUGUCAUCAUUCCCGUAACAUCUGAAAAGAAAAAUGCUAGUAAAGGGACCAAUCUAUCAUCACCAUUAAAAAAUCAAACGAAACCUUCAAAAAAGAAAAUUAAAACAAAUUCAAAAAUUGUUGCUGUAAAAAAGAAAGUGGAAUUUAAAGAUCUUGAAAGCUCAUCUGAAACAGAUGAUGAAAAGAAAGUUCCACAACCUCGCAAAAACCAAAAGUCUAAUUCGUCCAACAAUGUAAAGAAAAGUUUAUCCAGACAGUUAAAAGAAAUGAUUCAAGAGGUGAAACAACGAGUUAGGCUUGAACAGAAUUCCGACAAUGAUGAUUUUCAAGUCAGUGAGGAAGAAUAUGUACUUCCACCUUUCAGUCAAGAGUUGAUCAGUAGCGAGGAAGAAAUCGAGGAAGAAAAGAAGAGAAAAAAGCCUCAUCGAAAGAAACGUAUAUUCUCUGACAUUCACUUUGUAGUGUCAUCAUCUUUGGUGGUCGAGAAAGAUAAAGAGGCUCUCGAUCGAAUGAUCAAAAAAGAGAAUGGUACAAUUAUGAGACAAUUAUCUUCAGAGCUGAUGGACACUUAUUUGAACAAGAAAAUUGUAUUAUUAAGUGAAAAGUCAUCCACCAAACCUACCUUCUUAAUUGCACUAUUACUAGACAUUCCUAUUCUAAAGCCUCAAUGGAUAUUUGAUUGUUCCAAUCAACAUCGAUUGAUACUUGAAGAUCCAGAGAUUAAGAAAUACCUUGUCGAUAGAGGUUCAUAUCGAUUGAGAUCCGAUCCCUCAAUUCAGCAUGUUGAACAACAAACAUUCAACCAAUCUCUCUUGUGUUGUAACAUUGAACAUAGAAUUUUCUAUGGAUGUAAGGUGAAGAUUAUUGACAACUCGCAAGAUCAAUCUCUUAUAGCAGGUUGGAGUGGAAUAUUAAAAGUAGGAGGAGCUACCAUUGAACAUAAUUUGGAAAAUCAAACCAACGAAGGAUCUAAUUUUAUAUUUGUGAAAGACGGCGAUGAAGUAUCAUCAGACAUUUGUGAAAUGGCAACACAAAGAAGGUUACCAAUUCUAGACAGAGAGAGUAUUUUGAAAAUCACAAUUACAUCCCAAAGAGAGUUUUCUUCAGAGCAAGUCAUUAAUUUUACACAAUUAUCGAAAACAAUUGCCCAUCCAUCCCGAUCGAUCAACAGGACUGAAAUUGUUGAGUCAAUAUCUCUUGUUGACUUGCAAUGUUAUGAUAUGUGUGAGGAAGUGAUAUAUGAUAUUGAAGGAUCUUUCUUCUUUAAGGAAGAACAAAAUUGCUACUUGAAAACAAAAUUUAUUAGGAUCAAUCGAGAUGGAUCUAAUGAAAUUUAUCGUUUACAUGACAUGGUAUUGUUGAAUGAUCAUAACGAUGAGAUUUUUUGUAGAAUUGAUUCUUUGUAUUACGAUUGCUCGUUUCCAUCCAUGACAGCCACUCAAUAUAUCAAUAUUCCCAACUCUAAGGAACUUGUGGCUACAAGGCGAAGUAUCAGCUCACCCAUUUCUUUGAUUCAGCACAAAUUGCAUCUAUGUUCCAAUUCGAUGUCACAAGAAUGUUGCUACAUUGCCAUGUACAAUACACAGAACAUAGAUGAAUCUCCACACACUAACAUGUCCAAAGAAGAUGCUUUGAAUUCGAUUGAAGACUUGAAAAAUUUUUCAUUUCAGUGGUUGGCUCCAGUCAAGAUUUCUUUAUUCAAGGAUUACGUAUCGAUUUGUUCUUUGAAGUUUAGAGGUCAAAUAUUUCAAAAAGGUGAUUUUGUAAUUGUGAACACAUUACAUUCAAGCAUUACAGGAAGAAUCAAAUCAUUCAGAGAUAGUGAUACAUCAAACUUUGCAUUCCCUUCAAAAAAGUAUCCUGUUUCCGAAGGAUCAAUGUUUAUUGAAGUGUUUGUGAAAGGUCGUUUGGAAAGCCAACUAGUUCAAAGUCAACAACAAGGGUCUGUGCUCAUUCCUACUCAUGAAGUGAUUUGUGUGAAGACUUAUGAUAUUCGUCACAUCCAACACGCAAUAGCCAUUGACUUGGAUUCAACCAUCUCCAAUAUGCCUAGUGUGAAAAGCUUGUUGUCACAGUGCCAAGCAUGGCCACUCUUUUUCAUCUCUUGUUAA